UCAUCAACCACUACACCACGUCCACACCCUUGUUAAAUUAAAGAUUGUAUUCUCAUUCUCUCAUAUUUUGGUUUACUCACAUUCAAUAGCAUAGCUAGGAAUUGCAAUGGCUCAAACCAUGUUGCUCAUGUCUAGUGUCUCUAGUAGUUAUUCCGUGGCUUUGAACAAAGACGUUUUCCUCCAAUUGCAGGCUCAAAGACUAAGACCUAAGUUCUCUGAUCUCUCAUUCAACCCACUUCCAUCAAAUUCUUUGUUUUCUUCACGCCCUACAUUCACAACUCUCGCCCUCUUCAAAUCCAAGACCAAAGCCCCUCCUGCCAAGACCAAGGUUACAAAGCCAAAGGUUGAAGAUGGUAUCUUUGGCACUUCUGGGGGAUUUGGUUUUACCAAGCAGAAUGAGCUGUUUGUGGGUCGUGUUGCCAUGCUUGGUUUUGCGGCAUCACUGCUGGGUGAAGCAGUAACUGGGAAAGGAAUUCUAGCACAACUGAAUCUGGAAACUGGAAUUCCCAUUUAUGAAGCGGAGCCUCUUCUUCUGUUCUUCAUCCUUUUCACUCUGCUAGGAGCCAUUGGAGGUUUAGGUGACCGUGGUAGAUUUGUGGAUGACGAACCUACUACUGCAGGUGUUAUUCCUCCUGGCAAAGGCUUCAGAGAAGCUCUUGGUCUCGGUCAAGGUCCUUUAUUUGGAUUCACGAAAUCCAACGAGCUAUUUGUGGGAAGAUUGGCCCAAUUGGGUUUCGUUUUCUCUUUGAUCGGAGAAAUCAUCACUGGGAAGGGAGCUCUAGCACAACUGAACAUUGAGACUGGGGUACCCAUCAACGAAAUCGAACCCCUAGUCUUGUUCAACGUUCUUUUCUUCUUCAUUGCUGCUUUGAAUCCUGGAACUGGCAAAUUCGUUACAGAUGAGGAGGCUGAUGAUUAGACCCUUUUCUCUCUGUUAUAACAAAACUCUCUAUCAUCAAUGCAUUCACUUCAUCAUAAACCAAUCCUUCAUUUCUCUCCA